AACUAUUUUCACUUAUCUUGCUGUAAUAGUGGAAGUUUUCAUCUUAUGCUUUGCAGGAGAAUAUCUGAAUUUCAAGGUUAGUAAGCAUGUGCAAAUUAUCUAGUAAAUUAAUCGCCAAUGCAGCAUAUGAAUCACUGUGGUACGAUUUACUAUCAAAUCAAAAGAAAAUUAUAACAUUCGUAAUAAUGAGAUCUCAAAAACAAGUCACGAUCACGGCAGGAAGAAUCAUGAGUUUAACAUUGGAAACUUUCACGAGCAUCUUAAAAGCGUCAGCAUCAUAUGUAUCUGUUUUACAUGCGAUGUAUUGA